GUUUGGAGCCAAUGGACAUUGGUUUCAGCCACUCCUAACCAAAAACCAUGUUCAACCUCUGCACUUUUUCCACUGCUUCUCCUUCUUCAACCUUCAUAUUCAGCCUUCAACUUCAUCCACUUCUCAAAUCCUACAAUUCAACAAGUAAUCAAUGCAGAAAUUCGAGGGUCAAAAUGUGCUCCCUUCCUCAAAACACCAUCGUUGUGGGGUGUGGAGGUGUGGCCGUUGAUUUCUUGGCUACCGUUGCUGCUUACCCUAAACCUGAUGACAAAAUCAGAAGCACCAGCUUGAAGGUUCAAGGAGGUGGCAAUGCGGGCAAUGCUUUAACCUGCCUUGCUCGCUUGGGCCUAAAUCCAAGGGUCAUCACCAAGAUUGCAGAUGACAGUCAAGGAAGGGGCAUAUUAGAUGAGCUACAGGCUGAUGGUGUAGAUACAUCCUUUAUUGUGGUAUCUAAGGAGGGAACUUCACCAUUUACAUAUAUUAUUGUGGACAACGAAACGAAGACUCGCACAUGUAUACAUACUCCAGGAUAUCCUCCAAUGAUACCAGAUGAUCUUCCAGAAUCAAGUUUGCUAUCUGCAUUGGAUGGAGCAAGCAUGGUAUAUUUUGAUGGGAGGUUGCCUGAAACUGCUCUGAUUGUUGCUCAUGAGGCAGUUAGGAGGAAUAUACCCAUCUUAGUUGAUGCAGAAAGGCCAAGGGAAGGGUUGGAUGAUCUCCUUAAAGUAGCUGAUUAUGUUGUAUGCUCAGCGAAGUUUCCCACCGCGUGGACAGAGGCAUCAACUAUUCCACAAGCACUUGUUUCUAUGCUUUUAAGGUUGCCCAAAAUCAAAUUUGUGAUAGUAACUUUGGGAAAAGACGGUUGUAUAAUGCUCGAGAGAAGUGCUAAUGGUCCUUCCGCAGAAGAAGUGAAUGUAGACAGCUUUUUGGAAUCACUGGAGCUGAAAAAGAAUAAGAGUACAUCGAUUCCUGCUUGCAUAUCAUCACCAGUGGCAAAAUUCAAGUCAGAAGGGAUAGGAACUGUUUGUGGGAAGUUGUAUGUUGGAACAGCUGAGAGCAUUCCAUCAUCAGAGCUUAUUGAUACGACUGGUGCUGGGGAUGCAUUUAUUGGAGCUGUUAUUUAUGCUAUCUGCUCAAAGUUUUCACCAGAGACCAUGCUAUCCUUUGCUGCAAAUGUGGCAGGUGCUAAGUGCCGAGAUCUAGGAGCAAGAAGCGGUCUUCCUUACCGUACAGACCCACGCUUAGCAUCCUUUAUUCAGUAGAUAUAACAUAUUUGUCUUCAGUGGUUUCUCAGUAAUAGAGUUAAUGAUCUUGGACAGUUAGCCACUGAUAUUGGCUUCUAGAUCUUUCAUUUUUCACAGUUGAAGUGAGGGGAGGUGUGGGCAUUCUCUGCUUUCUACUUUUUACCUUUCCCUUCAAUUGUUGAGUUCUCAUCUUGGAUUUACAUGCAUGUUUGGAUCGGUUUAUGUUUAACCAGAGUUAACUCUGAAAUUCAGAAGUUACUCACAUAAGUUUCUCCCCAAUAUUGAUUUUGGUUUUAGAGUGAA